GAAGCCGGACACAAGUGGGGUCGUCGCGUCGCGUCCCCACGGCGGGAGACCCCGCGCUUUCCGGGAAGACGGGCUGGGCCACCUCGAGGAACAGAGCCGGCGCUGCGGGGCCAGCGGGCUCCCGAGGACCCGAGCGUGUCGGGACAUCGAGGACGAGCCGGGCCGCCCAGGCUCCUCCGGCUGCGGGGAGCCAUCUUGACCGGUCCGCCAGAGUCACCAGUCCGCCGCGCCCCGCCGGCCUCACCGUCAUCAGCCGCCGGAGUCACCUGGAGCGGCAGGGCUGACGCGCUCGGCCCUCGGGCGGCCCCUGACCGCGCACGCGCACGCGCAAGCCAGAAGCCGCGGCGGGGAAGCCCUGAGCUCGGCCUCGGCCGUCCGGAGGACUUCAAACAGGGAUUCCCGGGACGGAAUUCUUUAGCUAUGGCACCGCCCCCCUCACUUCCGCUCCGCACCCAGAAGUCCCGCCCCGAUGCCGGAAGUCCGGCGGCGUGGCUUCCCGGUACUCUUCCCCCUCCCCGGCGCGGCCGCGAGCACUGGCUUCCGGCCCCGGGUGGGCGCCGGCUGGGCUCCCAGUGCGCUCCGCUGCGGAGUCCCGGGAGCGCGGUUCUCCGGGGCGCCGGCGCCAGGGGCGCGCCGGUCAGGACGCGAGACCCGCGCGGGGCCAUGAACGGGACGGUGAACCCGCUGCUGGACCGCGAGGAGCACUGCCUGCGGCUGGGGGAGAGCUUCGAGAAGCGGCCGCGGGCCUCCUUCCACACCAUCCGCUAUGACUUUAAGCCAGCGUCUAUAGAUACGUCCUGUGAAGGAGAGCUCCAGGUUGGCAAAGGAGAUGAAGUCACAAUUACACUGCCACAUAUCCCUGGGUCUACACCACCGAUGACUGUGUUCAAGGGGAACAAACGGCCUUAUCAGAAAGACUGUGUACUUAUUAUUAAUCAUGACACUGGUGAAUAUGUGCUGGAAAAACUCAGUAGCAGCAUUCAGGUCAAAAAAACCAGAGCUGAGGGGAGCAGUAAAAUCCAGGCCCGGAUGGAACAGCAGCCCACUCGUCCUCCUCAGCCGACACAGCCGCCUCCGCCUCCACCACCUAUGCCGUUCAGAGCUCCGACCAAGCCUCCAGCUGGGCCCAAAACGUCUCCCUUGAAAGAUAACCCCUCACCUGAACCGCAGCUGGAUGACAUCAAAAGAGAGCUGAGGGCUGAAGUUGACAUCAUUGAGCAGAUGAGCAGCACUAGUGGGAGCAGCUCCUCAGACUCCGAGAGCUCCUCAGGAAGUGAUGACGACAGCUCCAGCAGUGGAGCUGAGGACAAUGGCCCAGCAUCUCCUCCACAGCCUUCACACCAGCAGACCUACAACAGCAGACCAGCCGUCGCCAAUGGGACCAGCCGGCCACAAGGAAGCAACCAGCUCAUGAACACCCUCCGCAAUGACUUGCAGUUGAGUGAGUCUGGAAGUGACAGUGAUGACUAGAGUCGGAUCUUUCGAAAUCAGUUCCCCGGUGCGCAAAUAAGCAACGAGGCCAGGCUGCAUCAGCACGGACUCCAUUGCCAACAGUAAAGUGUGUGGGCCAGUGACUGUGGUAGUAGGAGUUUGGGGCUCGAGCUCUCAGAUGCAAGUCUUAAACGUGGUGAUGGGUGACUUUUGUGUAAUUUCUGAACAAGCUCCUAUUUCAGAGAUUUAAGUAGAUCUGUAGAAGAACUAACAGAAUUGCAUUUUGAUUUGCUUGACACUGUUAAUGCCCUGGUCUGGGUCACUCAGAGGCCAACGGUGCAGCUGUGCAGAUCAGCAGCCCCCAGGUUGGCAAACGGUCUGCUCCAGUGAGGUGGAGCGCCGUGCUGGGGGGCUAGAAGGGGAAAGAGCAGUCAAAACUGCAGUAUGGAAGUACGUCAGAGCCACUGCACGUUGCUGAUACAAAGUGGUAAGGAAGUUUUAUCUGCCCAGGCUGACAAGCCUGUGUAGAAAUGAACUUGAAAGUGGAUUCCUGGAGUGUCUGCUGGGUGGGACCCUCUGCUCUUCCAGCCCCCUCCUUUACAGAGACGGAAAGGGAAGUACCCCACCCCCAGUCCACGUUUGCCCCUGCUGCUCCCUUCCCUGAAUCUCUCUUUCUGAAGCCAGAGAUCCUGAUGCACAGAACUUUGUGCACACUGGAGCUUUUGCUGAGUUCCAAGAGACAAAAACAGUGCAUUCUUCUGGCUUAAAUCCAGAGCCAGAAUGUCUGGAUACGUGAGUCUGAGUGAGCACAUUGACCAGCAGCUGUUGUGCAGACGCACGCAGCCCAGUUCAGUGGGGCUUUGUUUUGUGUGUCUGCACGUAGCUCUCUAGCUCAUUCAGGGGCUCGCCAGUGGUCGGGUGGUAGAAGGAAGGUGUAGUGCCGAAACCCUUUUCUGAACUGGUGAAGCUGCAGCAGGUUUCCAAAGCCAGAAUUAGGAUAGGAGUUCUGCAAUAUGAAAUAAGCACCUUCCUGCUAAGGUAUCUGUUCCUGCUUUCGCACCACUGUUUGUGCCUGACUCCCAGGCUCAUCUGUACUUUUUUUAUAUGCAAAUAGAGGGAAGUCACAAGAUUGCCUUCUGUGGUGUACAGUUCCCAUAUGAACCUGUUUGGGAGGAAACUGGUCACUAAUUACUGUCCCCACGUUAAAUAAAUGUGAUGAAACCGUCCUGUAAUUAGUGUGGAGUAGCCCAUUUCCAUGAUUUAAAUGAAUGUGUCCUGAAAUUUUCCCAUCUCCUAAAAAUCCUAUUACAAAUGAUUUUUCUUCCCUUGGGUCUUUCCAUUCAGAUGGCUUCUCCCUCUCCAGCUAAUGGAGGGAAGCAGGAAAUAGAUGGCCCAUGGAGGGGGAGUGGAGGAGAGGGGAGGGAAAGGAAGGGAAGGGAGGGGGCGCUUAGAGUUGUGCCUGAUAGUCGCCAGCUCCCUCCAUGGAGAUGGAGGGCUCUGGAGCUGGAGAUCCCAGGCCCAGCCGCUGCCAGGCAGCUCGACCUCACCACUAGGCCAAGUCAGUGCGUCAGUGCGGGGAGUAGGCAGCGAGUGGGUCAGCACCAGCGCCCUGUCUGAGGGUUUGGUGGGUUUAGCGGCAGGUAGGAGCGUAUUCAUCAUGAACUGCUAAUUGCUUUAUAAUUCCUUGAUAAUGACAGCUCAGGGAAGGUGAAAGUCACAGAUUGGGAGGUAUGAAUUGUUACUGGAUGUGGGAAUUGUGUCACUGCUCUUUAACUUGCUCGAGCUGGGACAGGUUCCAGGAACUUGAACUAAAAAUAGCUAUUUUAGCCUCUCUCUCUCCCUCUCUCCCUCUCUCCCUCUCUCCUUCUCUCCUUCCCCAGUGUCUUGAUUUAUAUAGCUGUGGUUUGGGGCAUGCUAGGUCAAGCUGUUUGUACGUAUAGGAAAUGUUUGCAUAUGGCCCUGGACUGAACCGGGCUCCCUGAGCUUCAGGGCCUCUGCCUGUUCACCCAGCCAUCCUGAUGCCGUCUAGCAGGGCUCCAGGUUGCUCUUUGCACAAAACCUUCAGUGGCUCAUCUGUCUUUGGAAAUCAAGAAUUUGUCCUCAGCCGCUUCUUAUGAGUCCCCUGUGCCAGCCAGCCUGGACUUGUCCUUUCUGCCUCUGUGCCUUCUCUGACCUCUCCUCUCCCCUACCAAGCCCACUCCAGAGGCUCAUGGUGCGAUCUUUAUAAAAUCUUCCUUUGGUUGGUUGGUUCAACUCACCAGCCUUCCUCUUGCUUGAGUUCCAGUUGGUGUGAACACCUCUUGCAGGGUGUCACAGGAGUAGACAUUCAGAUGUUUAAAUCCUGCUGGCGAGGAGGCAGAAAAAAACUAAUCAGAGGAAUGCAGAGGGCAGAGGUGAAGAAAACCUUCCAGGCAUUUGGAAUUAGCUGGCUUUUGUGACUUUGAAGCCUCUGAAAUCCAUACUGAUUCAGGAAUUGGAAGUUUCUAAUGAGCUAUUAUCUUUUUGUUCUAUACAAUAUCUACCAUAUAAUGUGGGUCAUUAGGUCAUGGCAAGCCAGAGCAAAGAUGUGAGUUGUGAAUUUUUAUACAAGCUAGAGAUUUGUAAUGAUGCCACUCAUUAACUUUGAUUUCUGUUGAAGAAUCACUUUUUUUUUUCCUGUCUGUGAUAUUAAUAAUAUAUGUAGGCUUCAGUGGUGGGAAAACUUGAAAGUUCCAAAUCCUUAUUUCCCUAAUUGAGAGGCUGACUCAUAGCUGCAUUGAGUGGAUAGCGUGUGUGAGUGAGUGGUUACAAUGUAUUUAUUACAUUAUUUAGAAAGUAAUAGGUGGGUAUAUAUAUUAGGUGCAGCCAGUUGGAUGUUUCCAUUUGGCUAGGAAGGUAAGAUUUCCAAAACUCAGGCCUGAACCAGUAGGUUGGAAGACAGUACCAAUUGAAGCGUUAUGAAAUACGUUUUUGUUGCUCUUUUUUUUUUUUUUUUUUUUGGUCUUGGGUUUAUAGUCUCAUGCUAUAAUGAUUUUUAAAAUCUUGUGCCUAAAAGUUUAUUCUGCUUAAUUAUGAAGUAGACAUGCAUGUUUACAUUUCUGUAAAAUACUUGCUGUGUAAAGUUUGUUGUUUAUUCUCUUAAAAGACAACUUAUAUUUAAGUAAAAAAUGAAGGCCAGCAGUACAAUGCA